AUGAAGUCCUCCCUCCUCCUCCCCUUCGUGACCCUGGCCUCGGCCAUCUGCCACCACCGCACAUCGCUCUACCGCCGGAGCCACGGCGGCAUCGCGGCCCGCGGCGAGGACGGCUUGGUCGAGGUCGCAAAGUUUGGCUACGACGACCUCACGGGUCCCCUCAACUGGCACGGCCACAACAACCAGUCGUCCAAAUGCGCCACGGGUGCGUGGCAGAGCCCCAUCAACCUCAACGACACCUCGGCGACGCUCGUUCCCGGCACGAGCUUGAAGUUUGACGUGCCUGACCUGCCCCACGGCGCUGCGUUUGAGAAUCUGGGCAGCACGCUCGAGGUCGUGGCAGAGAACGGCACGCUGAUGAUGCGUGGGCGCACAUUUCACCUGAGGCAGUUCCAUUUCCAUACGCCUAGCGAGCAUAGGGUUGAUAGCGAGUACUUCCCCAUGGAGGUACAUUUUGUCUUUGAGGCCGAUGAGCAGCAGUUGAAGAACUCCACAGGGCCCAGCAACUCCGUCGUGGGGUUCCUCAUCGAAGUCGACAACCGCGCGUCCUCGCCCUUGCUAGCCAACGUCUUUGCCCACCUCGACGAGGUCGAGGAGCCGGGCUUGCACGCCGAGACGAACAGCCUGAACUUUGGCGAGCUGAAGCGCCACCUGGAGCAAUCAGACGUCUACCAGUACGACGGGUCUCUCACGACGCCGCCGUGCACCGAGGGCAUCGCGUGGAAUGUCGUGGCGGAGCCGUUGAGGAUCGACGACGUCACGUACCGCGCCGCCAAGAAGGUGUUGAAGUUCAACUCGCGGUAUACGCAGAACGUGCCUGGCCAGAGGAACUUGUUGGAGAACUCGAGGGUUAUGCUUAAUGCCGUGUCACCGUGA